AAAAGGUGGGGGGUGGUUGGAUUUGGAUGAGGUGGAUUUUUUACUCUUCUUUUUGUAGAAGCAAUUUAUUGAAAUUUAAAAGCCCGAUUUUGCUCUGCUCUUUUUUCAUAUUUCUUUUCUUCUUUUCUGCUGUUGGUAACUGACAAAAAAAAUAAAGCCAACUGGUCUUUAUUUGUAUUUUUAAGAACUCUCGCUCUCUUUCUAUAUUUGAGCGCAAAGAAAAAAGACAAAGGACAAGACGUUGCUUGAAAGUCCAAUAGAGCCCGACAGCCUUAUUGUAACCGUGCGCCCUCUCCUCCCCCUUAUUCACACUUGUCGCUCAAUACACAAAAGAAAAAAUCAAAAGCAUGCUGCGCGAGCUAUUGCUUCCAAAGCCAAAAAGCAUUUUCGGCUGCAUCCCCCUGGGCCCCGGGACACUUCUAGCCGCCACAGCGUUGCUCUCAUGGCACUUGCUCAGCCUCGCCACGGGGUUCCGCAGCCCCUGGGCACUCUACAGUCUUUGGAUGGCCGUAUCCUCGGCGGCGCUCCUCUACGGCCAGCACAAGCGCGACCUCGGCCACGUGCACUGGUUCGCAAUGGCGGUUUUUGCAGACAUUUUCAUCUACGCCGCGUGCAUUCCAUACGAGAGCGAGCUCAGGAUGACUGAUUUCGAGCGGUGCGAAGUGGCAAUGACAACCAACCCGAUGUCAAUGGAGUACUGUCUGGAGCAUGUCCACGAGAUUAAAACUAUUGCGUUUGCAAUGCGCUGUCUGGCCGUGCUGGCAAAAGUGUACUUGGCUGCUGUGGCCAGGAGUUACGAGCUUGCGUGCGGGUUUUGAAAUGCUAAUGUAAUGGUUACUUGAUAAACGUAGCUUUUUGCUCAAAAUCCUUUUUUUGUAAUUUCCAUAUGUGUAUGCGUUGCAAUACACCAGAGGGAAAAUAAAGGUUACUCGACGACAAUCCCUCCCCAGCCCAUACAAAAAGGAUCACAUCUCGUUACACUUGAAGCCACGAGUGCUUGUGGUCGAAUCCUUGGAUGGCUUUGACCCCAACCCUCAUGUUUUUUGCAAUCCGCCCUAACCGAGAAGUAGACGCACUUCGGUGCGGGCUAAGCUAGAGCUCAGGUGGCCCCUUGGCAUUUUACCAUAUCCAUGCUGUCCUCAUAAGGGGGUUAAUAAAGCAACCAGAAAAAAUUUAAUCCACCCUAACUGCGUCACUUGAAAAAUCGAAACCAAAUUUCUU